AUGGAGUUCUGCAUUAAAUCGAGUUCAUUAAUAUAUAUAUGGAGUUUGUGGAGGAAAUUCAAAUGAUAUUUUAAUAAAUUUAGAACUCACAUUCUCUCACAUUUAUACUAGUACAACAAUUUCAAUUAUAAACACUUUGGAUGAAGAAUUUACAAAUGAAUCUUUUGGUAUAAGAGAUAUAACAAUAUUUACAGGUAUUUUAAAAAUUUAAAUAGAAUAAUCCAUAUGUGGAGAUUAGGUCGUACAAGAAAAUGAGGAUUGUGAUGAUGGAAAUUUGAUUCCAUUUGAUGGUUGUUUCAGUUGUUAAUUCUCCUGCAUUGAAGGAUGCGAAAUAUGUGAAAAAGGUUAAUGCUUACUUUGUCGGUAAGGUUGGAUUUUUUAAAGGGAAAUAUCUUAUUGUUAGAGAGUAGAUACUACAGUUCCAUCAAUAUAAUCUAAAUUUAAAGAAAAUUUAUUUGAAGGAGAAAUAUUAAAUGGAUGUUAACAUGAAUGCAAAAUUUGUAUUUAAAGUGUUUGUUAUUAAUGUUAAUUAGAACAUACUUUAAUAUUUGGAUAAUGUUAUAUUUUAGCAGAAAUCACAUGGGAGGAAUGUAAUUCUAAUUGUUUAGUUUGCAGAAAUGGUUUAUGUUUUAAAUGUUAAUAAAAUUAUUAAAUAUUUGAUAAUAAAUGUGUAGGUAUUUGUGGAGAUUAAAUUGUUCAAGAUAAUGAAGAUUGUGAUGAUGGUAACAAUAUCGAACUUGAUGGUUGUUUUAAUUGUCUGUAUUCAUGUCCUCGGGAUUGUAAUUAUUGUGAAAAAGGAAUUUGUUAAGAUCUCUGUUAAAAAGGUUAUUAUUUUAAUAAUAAUUCUUGUGCAACUAUAUGUGGAGAUUCAAUAAUAGCAGGCACUGAAUAAUGUGAAGAUGAAAACACUAUUGAAUAUGAUGGAUGUUAUCAAUGUCAAUAUUCUUGUCCUUUAUAUUGUAAUGAUUGUUUAAAUGGAUAAUGUUAUGAUUGUGAUUCAGGAUUUAUUCUUUCUUAAAAUAUUUGUAUAAACAUUUGUGGAGACGGAUUACUUUCCAUCUUAGAAUAAUGUGAUGAUGGUAAUCAAAUUAAUGGUGAUGGAUGUUCUAAAACAUGCGAAUUAGAAUCUAAUUAUAUUUGUAAUUUAGAUGGAUAAUGUGCAUAUGUUGAGUAUCCAAUCCCAAUUAUUGAAUAUUAUCAACAAAUUAAUUAAUUUUAAUAUGUUAAAAUGACAUUCUCUUAAAAGGUUCAAUAAAAGUAAAAUUUAGAUUACAAAGAUACAAUUAAAUUAAGAAUCAUUGAUUUGGAUUAAGACCUAUUUUAAAUUAUUAUUUUAGAAAAUUAGCCUGUUUAAUGUUAAAUAUAAAAUGUAGAAUAUAUUUUCUAAAUUGAAAUUUUGACUAAUAGAUUGAAUCAUCCAAUUUUGGAAGUGAUAUUGACUGAGUAGUUAUAUAAUGAAAAUUAAGCACCAUUACUUGAUCUAGUCAAUUAUAUUUAAUUGAAUUAACCUAAUUAUAUUAGUGAAGGAGAGAAGAUGAUAUCAAAAUCAAUCUAAAAAGUUAAUGAAUAUUCAAUAAAUGCAUUAUUUACUGUUUAAGCAGUCUUAUUUCUAGUAGGCAAUUUUGAUUCUUUUUAGAUAAUAUUGGAUGCCCUUUAAAAUUAAGUAUAUCUUAAAUAUAUCAAUGUUUUAUUUCCUUAAACAUUAAUAAUCUACUUUGAAUCAAGUGA